AUGAGGAAUGAGACGGACCGGCUUUCAUUGCUGGCAAUCAAGGGCAAAAUAAUUGAGGAUCCACUGCAUGCUUUGAGCUCCUGGAAUGAUUCCAUCCACUUCUGCCAAUGGCAGGGCGUUAUGUGUGGCCGCAGGCAUCAGAGGGUCACUGCCUUGGACUUACAGUCCCGGGAACUGGUGGGAUCAAUAUCACCACACCUCGGGAAUUUAAUCUUUCUGAGGGAAUUACUACUUCAGAACAAUAGCUUUGGCAAUGAAAUUCCGCCGGAAAUUGGUUGUUUGCCAAGGCUGCAGAUUUUGCGGCUGAACAACAAUUCAAUUGGUGGCCGAAUUCCAGUAAAUAUAUCUCGUUGCACUAACCUCAUUGAAAUCGAUUUUUCUUACAAUGGGCUGGUAGGAGAAGUUCCUGUGGACCUCGAAUCCUUGUCGAAGCUCGUGAUAGUAAUUAUAGAGGCCAACAAUCUUACAGGGAGUAUAUCUCCUUUCGCGAAUUUGUCAUCUCUUCGUGGACUGUCUUUGUUUGAUAAAAAAUUUCAUGGCAGCAUUCCUGAUGGUUUUGAUCGGCCGAAGAAUCUUCAGGAGCUCGGACUCAGCAUGAACAUGUCGUCUGGCGCCAUUCCUCCUUCGCUUUUCAACCACUCUUCUCUCACAAUGUUUGAUGUCUCUACUAACCAAAUACAGGGAAGUCUUCCCUGGGACUUGGGCAUCACUCUUCCCAAUAUUGAAUCCUUCAGCAUUGUUUUUAACCAAUAUACAGGAUCAAUUCCGGUUUCAAUAUCGAAUGCAUCUAAACUCCAUGACCUAGAAAUGCCUCAAAACAACCUUACUGGAAAGGUUCCUAAUUUAGCAAGGCUGCAAAACCUCGAGUGGCUAAGCAUUUUCGACAAUCAGCUUGAAUCCGAGGAAGAUGAUGACUUGAACUUUAUAUCUUCUUUGAUCAAUGCCACCAAUUUACAGUUUUUGGCCGUGAAUUAUAACAUGUUUUACAUCAAGUUUCCAGAAUUCAUCGGGAUUGUAAAUCUUGUUGGCUUGCAGAGUUUGGAAAUGCAGGUUAACCAACUCACUAGUACUAUUCCAAGUGAGAUUGGAAAGCUUCAAAAUCUACACAAAUUGUAUCUCACCGACAAUUCAUUGUCUAAUAACAUUCCAUCUUCCCUAGGAAAUUUGAGUUUGUUAAGUGAACUUGCUUUAGGAAUCAAUAAAUUUCAGGGAAACGUUCCUCAAAGUCUAGGGAAUUGCAACAAUUUGCAAUUGUUGCAUCUUUCUCAAAACAACCUUAAUGGUACAAUACCAUGA